AUGGCCUUUGGAUUUGGCAAAGGCGAUGCCCGCGUCGAGACUGAGGCCGUGUCCUCGGGUGUCGAAGUUCUUCCUGGGGAUGCAGCCAACGUCGAGUCUGAUCUCCGCAACUUCAGAAAGCAGCAUCGAUGGGAUCCCUUCCUUGACAUCGAUAAGCUCGACAACAUUGAUGAGGCUCUGGCCUCGGGCAAUAUCGAGAAGGAAGCUGCCAUUGAUGAGUCUUUGAUCCAAGAAGAUUCACCCUACCCAGAAGUUCGCGCUUCGGUUCCUCCAACCGAUCAAGAUGUUCCCGUCAACACGAUUCGUGCCUGGACCAUCGGUGCCCUCAUGUGCACAAUUGUAGCAGCUUGCAACAUCCUGCUCACCCUCCGACGUGCUCCUAUCGUCAUUACAUCGACGGUCGUGCAGUUGAUAUCUUACCCUAUGGGUUGCUUCUGGGCCCGUGUCUUUCCCAACUGGUCAUUUACUGUCUUUGGGCACAAGUUCGAGCUCAAUCCCGGACCCUUCAAUGUCAAGGAACACACCAUCAUCACCAUGAUGACGGCUGCUGGAACCGCUGCGUCUUACGCCAUCGAUAUCUUGCUGGCCCAGGAAAUCUUUUACCACCAAAAGCUGGGCUGGGGCUUCCAAAUUCUCCUCAUCCUCUCCACUCAGGCCAUGGGCUUCGGUGCUGCUGGCGUGGCUCGACGAUUCCUCGUCUGGCCUUCAUCCAUGGUGUGGCCUGCUGUGCUCAUCACUACAACUGUCAUGUAUUCUCUACACAACCACGCCCCCGCCGAUCCUGCCACGACCAAUGGGUGGACGAUUGGCCGGUACAGCUUCUUCCUCAUCGUUGCUGCCGGAACGUUCUUUUGGGAAUGGAUUCCUCAGGUCAUUGCACAGUUCCUCCAGUUCUUCAUGUUUCCCGUCUGGAUAGCGCCCAACAAUGUCGUUGUCAAUCAAAUUUUUGGUGGAAAUACUGGACUAGGUCUCCUUCCCAUCUCAUUUGAUUGGUCAAUUAUUUCGGGUUUCCUGCUCUCUCCUCUCCAGACACCGGCCUUCGCCAUCGCCAACGUCUCAGCUGGUAUCUUCAUCAUGCUGCUCGGAAUCAUUGGUCUUGCCUAUGCUGGCCCUGAGUUCUACCGCUAUCUUCCUCUCAGUGCCAACCAGAACUUUGAUCACUACGCUAAGCCCUACAACACGAGCCGUAUUCUCAACCCUGAUUAUACCGUCAACCUCACAGCGUAUAGAGAAUAUUCUCCUAUUCUGUUGGGUCCUGCCUUUUCUCUGUCGUAUGGCAUGGGCUUUGCCGGCCUGGUCUCAACCCUUACGCAUAUUGCCUUAUUCUAUGGCCCCGACGUUUGGCGUCGGUCUGUUGACUCUCGAUCUGAGGAGCCCGAUAUCCACUUGAAGCUUAUGCGCAAGUAUAAAGAGGCUCCCGAAUGGUGGUUCCUUGCCGUGUUUCUGGUGUCAUUUGCAUUCGGUUUGGCUGCCUGCCUCGGAUUUCAGACUCAUCUCCCCGCUUGGGCGUAUAUCUUGUGUAUUAUCAUUGGUCUCUUCUUUUUUAUCCCUGUUGGCAUGGUCCAAGCCAUCACGAAUCAGCAAACCGGUCUCAACAUCAUCACCGAAAUGAUCUUCGGUUAUAUGCUUCCCGGUCGCCCCGUGGCCAUGAUGCUGUUCAAGUCUUGGGGUUACAUGAUGACCUUCAACGGCCUCCAGUAUGUAUCUGACAUGAAAGUCGGCCACUACAUGAAGAUUCCCCCUCGUAGCAUGUUUGGUGCUCAGGCUUUUGCCGUGAUCUGGCUCUCUAUUGUUCAGAUUGCGACCUACAACUUCUUGCGUGGCAACAUUGAGGGCAUUUGUACUCCGACUCAACCACAGGGCCUUACUUGCCCCAAUGCUCGAACUUUCUACAAUGCCAGUGUCAUUUGGGGUGUCAUUGGCCCCAAGUUGGUGUUUGGGGCUGGUCAACUAUACUCCUGGACCAACUACUUCUGGCUGAUUGGCUUCCUGUGCCCCUUCAUUCAGUGGCUUCUUGCCCGUCGCUACCCUCGCUCUCCGCUCCGCUAUGUCGUCUUCCCUGCCUUGUUUGGAGCUGCUGGAAUGAUUCCCCCGGCGACAACCUGGUAUCUUGCCCAAUGGUGUAUCAUCGGUCUUCUCUUCAAUUGGUGGAUCAAGAGGCGCUGGCUCGGUUGGUGGACUCAAUACAACUAUGUCUUGUCCGGCGCCCUCGAUAUUGGCACUGCCCUCUGCACUGUCGUUAUUGGUCUGGGUCUAGGUCUGGGUAAUGCGGAAUUUCCAGACUGGUGGGGCAACUCAGUUACCACUAAUAACCUCGAUUAUGAUGGCGCUGCUGUUUUGAGAGUUGCGCCGACCUCGGGUCCGGGCAUUGGGCCUUCAACUUGGUAA